CUUGACAGAGAUGUUUACCUAUGUACGUAUUCCGCGUCGAGUCAUCGCAUCGCAUGACGAUUCCGUACGGCACGUGAACAUCUGCAUGCUCGCAGUUAUGUGCUUCCAUUGUGAAAAUACAAGUGCUUUAUGGUGAUAAUAUGUCAAAACCAAACAUAAGGAAGAUAACGGCUGACCCUACGAAAUGUAAUACAGACUCUUCUCGACGGCCGAGUGUGUUUGAGAGGUUGGGCACCAAACCAGCGAUCGCCACCACCUCCGCUCAGAAUACAUCGGAUUAUUGCAGAAAUUGGGCCCUCAACGGCAGUUGUUCCUACGGCAAGAAUUGCAAAUACGCAAAUACACAUACAUUGAUAAGCCCAUCUAAACGUGCUAAGAAAGAUAAUGCGAUCGCAAGUACAUCUGGGCUCAUCGAAGAUCCUUUCAAACGGCUUACGUCAAAAAUCGUGAAAAAAGCAUCUCAUAGCCCUGAUUUAAAUAUAGAAGAGUGGAAUCAAACAGAUCUCGAGUACGAGGACGAGAAGGUAUUGGAAAGACGGCGGCAAUUGUUACAACGAGAACUGGAAUUACAAAUGAAGAAGGAUAAAGAAAUACAUGGCAAGGAUAAAGUAAAGCAGAAAAAAAAGGCUAUGAGCUCCUCCUCCAGUUCGCACACUUCCAGUACAUCUAGUAGCAGUAGUAGCUCCAGCAGCGAAGACUCAUCUUCUACAUCAACGUCAGAUUCACGAAAGAAAGUCAAGAAAAUCAAAACAAAGAGGCAUCACAGCGCUUCCACUGAUUAUGACGAAGAUAAAGAAAAGAAAAGAAAAUUGAAGCUCAAGAGAUUGGGAGCGAAAAACGACAAAGCCGUCAAUAAGAAGAAACGUAAGCUUGAAAACAAUUCCACAAAGAAAGAUCUUACCACUAAGUCAGUCAAGAAGCAUACUCCAUUAUCUGUAUCUAGAAAACAUUCUAGCUCAUUGCGCGCUAGAUCACCCGCGAUACAACAGGGAUCUACGAGUGGGAUUACAUCUACAUCAGCCGUAGUAUUGGGCUCGUCGAUUUCCGUAGCGCAUCAUGCAUCAUCAUCUGGCAAAAUACGGGAGAGAAACAGAAGCGAAUCGCCGAAAGUGAUGAAGGGUAAUCGGGAAAUGGAUAAGGAGGACGGCAGGCAUUACAAGAAAGUGCGUGACAUAGAGGUAUGUUUGUCCAAGGAUGCAUCUAAAUACAAGUCGUUCGAUAAAAUCAAGGAACAACAGGAUAAGGAGAAAAGUCGUGCAAGCGAUGAGAAGAUCAAGUCGGAUGACCGGUUGAGAUCCAAGUGCAUGGAUAAGGAUGUGCGUUCGCGUACACCACCGCCACCUCUAUCAUCAUCAGAGCGGUCAGCCAAGCAUCAGCACAUCAAGGAAAGCGUGCCCUCGAAGGCGCGACGUAGCCGAACGCCUGAUAAGACACCGUCAAGAGCGAGACGGGAUGUCACCCCAGUAAAAAAUCCGGAGAAACGAGGCAGCUCAUCGAGUCGUGCGAGAGACGCGGAGAAGAAGGAGCGCGACUCACACAAAAGAGAUAAGAGCAAAGAGCGGGAGGACGCGAAAAAAAGCGAGCAGAUCUCGAGUAAUAAGGCGAAGCAGACAACGAAUCAAGACGAAAACUAUCGCAGGAGUAACGCAAGCAAGGACAAUUUUGACGAAAAGACGUACGGUGGCGACAAGACGCGACAAAAGAGUCGCGAAGGUCAGCGCGAAAAAGACAUAAGAGAGGAGCGUCACUCGAGAUUGACUCGCGAUCAGCGCCAGGAACCUCAGCGCGAUAAAGAUAAGGAUGAAUCUCAGGAACGUUGCCGUAACGAGAGGCAGCGAGAGCGAGACCGCGAUCGGGAUCGCGAGAGGGAACGCGAACGCGACAGAGACAGGGAUCGCGAGCGAGAACGAGAGCGCGAGCGCGAUCGUGAACGGGAGAGAGAUCGAGAGACACGAGAACGAGAUCGCGAUCGAGAUAGAGAAAGAGAAAAGUCUAUGAAGUCGCGAGAGAGGGACGUACCUACACUGGUUUCGUCCACGACGUUAAAUCUUCCGGCGGAUAAGAGUUCGCGUUACAGCAGCAGGAUGAAGGAACGACCUUUGAGUAAGGACGUGUCGUUUGAAAAGAACAGCGGGGUUCGCGAGCGAAGCAGAAGCGAACGCGAACGGGAGCGAUCCGAGACGAAGGCUCUCACUGAACGGGAACGAAAUUCGACGCAAUCGCGUCUGGAUGGAAGGUAUGAAAGAAGUGGCGCCAUCGAAAAGGACGCCUCGUCCUUAAAUCGCAGUAAGUCAAGCGUAAAUUCACCGCGAGAUCGCAUGGACCGUUUUCGAGAGACAUCCUUGGACCGUACGCCUUUACACGACAAGGGUGGGCAUACUGUGGCAUCGUCAAGCGUCCAAUCAACGGCGUCUUUACCGCUGGUGCCUACGACUUCGUCCUCGGCGAUUGUGACAUCCGCUCCACCGUCGUCUCGCGAUCAUUUGAUGGACAUAGUGGACAAUCACUAUGAUAGGGAUCGGCACGGAAGGAGGUUUGGCAUGAGAUACGAACGAGGACACGCAUCGGAACACAACAGCAGGAAGGAUCAGACGCGAAUCGAACCGAAUCGUAUUCCGAACAAGAUCGAUCGGAUAGUGGAUCGUCGGGACAUGACUAGUCCACGACGCGCCGUGGAAGUGGACAGGAAUUUCGGUAGAAAUUACGGCAGGAUGCCGGAGCAUUGGGAUGAGCAAGAAGAGUCAGCCCUUCACGUGGAAUAUCGCGAUCACACUCAUAUUCACGAUGAUGACAGGAGAAAAACCGUCGAGGGCAGACGGUAUGACAGUCCUUUUGAGGAGAGACGCGUCGCUCGCGAGGAGAGAUCUAAGGAGUCGAGGUACAUGAUCCAGACUGCGGAGCGAACGUCCUUUGAUGAUCACCGUCAUCAUCACCAUCAUCAUCGACAUCCUCUCUAUACUGGCGAUAAGCUGAGAAAUAGUGGAGCUGGAAUUAGAGAUGAGACUGUUUCAAACGAUGAUUGGGAAGGACAUCAUCGCGACAUGGAACAUGGCCGGGAUCGAAAUUAUCCGACGGCGGAAUGGGAGGAGAGAGAGUGGCGCACGAGAACGUUAUGGGAAGGCAGGGAUAGUCUUCCUCGCUCGGAGAUACAUGAUGACGAGUGGAACAACCCCCGAUACGACAGUUCAAUGGCUGACUGGAAGUCCAGCGAUACGCGGAAGUGGGAUAAUCAGAACGUGCACGUUCGAUCGCAUUAUAGAAACGAACGCUCGAAAGACUUGGAGCUCGGAGAAUCUACGCAACAUAACAAAAGACGAUCGUAUAAUGCGCCGGAAACGAGAGAGGAACCGACAAUUCAUCCGUCUGCUAAACAGGCUGCUAUUUACGGCAGCAUGAAAGAAGAACCUAUCAACAAAAAACUGAUGGAACUUGCCGAAGGCAAGUUGUGUACAACUAUGAGAGAAAAAUCCACGGAUAGUUUCCAAAAGAAGAAUUCACAAAAGGAUAAACCCGAAAUCAAGGAAUCCGUCGCGACGGAACCGAAGCGUCCCAUAGUCGAUGAUUCUUUGCAAACUCUCCACACUGAGAGCGAUUUGAGUGAUAUCAGCGAUGAUCCUGACGAUAUAUUGAAUAUGGAAGAAGAUACUACGGAUAUGGAAAGUAAUAAAACGCGGACAAACAAGAAAGUACCGGAUGCUGCACAUCGCGACACACAAUCAACUGCACAGGAACCUGCUCAGUUAUCUCCGAAGGAAUCUGUAGAAGAAACCAUUUUCAGUUCAAAGUCUAAGGAUAACGCCGAUACAAUGUCAUUGAAGAACAUAGAAGAUGAAAAUAUGGAAACUAUGGACUUUGAAGAAAUUUCUGAUGGCGAGCUAGAAGAGGACAUCAAAACGAGCGGCAAAGGAUUGGGCGAUGCUUUAGGCGUCGAUUGGGAAUCCCUCGUAAAGGAAACGCAAGCGAGGAGAAUUGUUUUAUCAAAUCAAGACUCUACAGAGAAUCGAUGGCAGUGCAAAGCUAUCUUUUAUAGAAUUGGUAUAUCUAAGAAGUAUGCGGGCGAAGAUUUCGUAAAAAAACUACUAAAAAAAUAUGAAAAAAAUGAAUUCUUGCUUGCUGAUAUUGCAUUGAUGCACACGGCGCUCGCGCGAAAUCAGUUGCUGCAGGAUUUAGGUAAUGGUGCAAUGCACGCUGUUGAUGAUUCUUUGUACAGAAAUAACAAUACAAAUUAUGAUGAAGACGUGGAUUAUGAUUUAGAAACGCUAAAGCCAGGUGCUGCUUUAUAUGAGGAAGCAAAAUGCUUAUUACAGCAAGUAGUAUGAAAGAGAGAUGAAAUGUAUGCCUAAAAUUGUGAAUAACUACUAGUUUUUUUUGUAUUGACUGUAUAAAAUAUAUGUACACUGCCUUAUACAUGUAUGUGUGUGUGUGUGUGUGUGUGCAUAGUGAUCUACUUGAUGCUAUAACAGUCUGUAUCAUAACUUUUAAUUGACAUAAAACUAUGUCCUAAUUAUCGGUUGACCAUAUUUUUGUUUGAACAUUUGCAUUUUUGAUAAAAAUCAAUGAAUGUUUACAUAUUUUAAACCUAAAUUUUCAAAUUUAAUCUCUGUUAAAUACGUAUUUUUCAUCAUAUAAUAAUCGCUUAUGCACAUUUUUUUAUCGUAAUAACUAUAUUUGUAUAUAUCCACAAACAUUUCUUGUAUAUCAUACAAAUUAAAGUACGAAACCAAAUGAUUAGAUUAUGAAAAUCAUAAUAUACAUAGCAAUAUAUGAUGCAUUAUUUCAAAUAUACUCGUACACACAUAUAUAUCCAUUCUAGACAUCAAAUAAUACAAUCAAUAAAUACAACUUUAGAACGGUGUCUUUUCGCGUUAAUCACUUUUGCGAACACAGGCUGCACUGACAUCAUUUUGCAAUAUAUUCAUUGCCUGUCGUAAUAGAUAUUUAUUAUCGCUAUCCUAGAAAAAGAAUUUAGGACAAUAAUUAAGACAUGUAUAAUUAACGUGAAUUAUAUUCCUCAUACCU